CGCACCCCUUCCGCAUUUUCUCAUUUUUCCCUUUAUUUCUCGAAAAAAGUCUCAUUAUUCUUUCUUCACUAUUUUUAUUCUUUAUUUUUCUACAAUAAAAGCGUAAAUAGCGAGUUUUAAAGACAAAACGAAAAAUGUCCUCUACUGAAGAAACCAAGACUGCUUCUCCUGUCACCAACAAUAGCGAAGUCUCUUCUGUUCAACAGCACGAAGAAGACCUUAAGGUCUUUGUUGGUAACUUGAGCUUCACAACGACCGAUGAGUCUUUGAAGGCCUUCUUUGAAACUGUUGGAAAAGUGAGCGAAACCAUCAUUGUCAAGUAUGGCAAUAAACAUAAAGGUUUUGGUUUCGUUGCUUUCGAAAAUGUGGAAGAUGCCGAAAAGGCCAUCAAAGAGUUGGACAAAAAGGAAUUGGAUGGUCGUGCUAUUGACGUUCAAAAGGCUAGACCUAAGGAAGAAUUGGCGUCAAAGACCGGUAGUAACUCUGAUACCAACGAAAAUGAAAGCAGUAAAAAGUCCGCAAAUAAGAAAUCCCAUAACCGAAAGAGGAGAUUUAACAACAAAACACGUAAGGCUAGAGCCAAACAACAACAACAACAUGGUUCAGAAGGUGAUGAAGAAUCUGAAGGUGCUGAAGAAGAAGGAGUUAGUAAGAGUGAUGCUUCUAAAGAGCCAGUAAAGACAAAUGAGAAGAACAAGGAUCCAAAGUCCGAGAAAGAGCAAGUCAACAAUACAGCUGAAUCCAAAAAGGAGACUGCUGCUACUAACGCUCACAAAGAAGAUGGAGUAAAACCAGAAGCUGUCGAACCUGUUACCUCUGUAGAUAUUUCACCUGAGGAGCCCAAGGAAACUCAACCCAAGACUUCCGUUUUUGUAGCCAAUCUCUCUCGUCGUAUCAAAGCAAGAGGUUUGAGAGCAUUGUUCAAGGAUUACGAUGUCAAGUCUGCUAUGGUUGCUUUGCAAUCAAAUGGCCGUUCAAAGGGAUAUGGUUUUGUUGAAUUAAAGACCGUAGAAGAGAUGGAAAAGGUUUUGAAAGAAAUGAACGAAAAGGAAGUAGAUGGUCGUGCCAUCCAACUUUUCGUUGCUACUUCUGAAAAGAAACCUUCUAAGAAACCUAGAUAUUUCAAUCGCAGAGGAUCUUCAACAGCUAAACGAAGCAGCGAUAACAAUAAGAAUGAAGACAGCAAAGAAAAAGAUGAUACGAAUGAAGACAAUGCAGACGACACAGGAAACAGUAACAGUGGUGAAGAAAAAGAACAGGAAGGCGAAGUAGGUGAAGACGGAAAGCCAGCUAUGAAGAAGAAGAAUAAAAGAAGAAAUAGAGGAUAUAACAGUAAAAGGAAAUCCAACAAUAGUAAAAAGGAAUUGACUGAUAAAGAAAAUGAAGGUGUCGAUGCUGCUAAGGAGGCUGAUGUGGCCGUCAAAGAAGUCAAAAAAGAGGAUGCUGUGGAGGCUGCUAAAAAUGCCGAUGAAGCUGUCAAAGAAGUAAAGAAAGAAGAUGGUGUUGAUGCAGCCAAGAAAGCCGAUGAAGCUGUCAAAGAAGUAAAGAAAGAAGAUGGUGUUGAUGCAGCCAAGAAAGCCGAUGAAGCUGUUAAACAGGAAUAAUUGGAAACCUUAACUCUUACUGAUCGCUAAAUAAUCCUAUGGAUCAUAUCUGCAUAUACUAUAAAUUGAAGUUGUAAUAUUGUACAAACAUAUAUUGUAAUAAAGCCUUAGUUUAAUUAGAAUCGUA